AUGAAAAUCAUUUUUUCUCAUUAUAUACAAAAAUCACUCAAAUUCAAAACUCUCUCCCAAGUUUCUCACGAGAAGAACAAAAAAGCAAAAGUCACAAAACUCUCAAUUUCUCCACCCUCUCCCUCCGCGAGCAGCACCUCCAGUAAGCAUCCUCAACCGCGCGCCGCCCUACCAGUCACCCCUACCGCCGCUACUCGGUCUUCCGGCCGAUUCCCUCCGCCUCAGAUCCCUCGCUCGGACAUACUCCCUCCAGCUUCUACCCUCGUCUCCAUGCAAGCUUUGCCAGAUCUCCUCCCUCUGUUUCCGAGCUGCUGUCUGAUCCAUAUUCUGGCCUCCGAUUCAAUUUCUAUGAUUCAAUUUUCGGUAACUCCUCUUGAUUCCUUGGUCGAUUUUAUUUUUUAUGUGAUUUAA